CAUCACAUCCUCUUCCAGCCCCAAACGCCUCUCUCCGUAAUUUGGCUUUUUUAACCACUUUUCUCUCAUCCGCUCACCGUUUCUUUCUCCGCCCCAUAACAUCAGCGUGAGGCGCGUGCCAUCCACGCUCUCCACAGGUCGUUUCUCCCCCUAUUCUCCACUUCUCUCCCUCCCCGAGUUUUCUUUCUCUCGCUUUCUUUCUGUAAAACCAUUGCUAGGGUUUUGGCUAAUUAGGGCUGAACAAGUAAUUAUUGCUUCCGACUUCUACUGAAUAUGCAAUUCGACUGUAACCAAUACAAUGACUGAGAAAUCUAAGAAACAAAAGAAGGCAAUAAUUAGCGAAGAAGACAUCUCGACUCUCCUGCAAAGGCAUUCAGCGAAUACAGUGCUGGCAUUGCUUCAAGAAGUGGCCCAAUUUGGAGGAGUGAAGAUCGAUUGGAAUGCGCUCGUUAAGAAGACGACGACGGGGAUUUCAAAUGCGAGAGAGUACCAGAUGCUAUGGAGGCAUUUAGCCUAUCGUCACGCCUUGCUUGAAAAAUUGGAAGAUAGAGCUCAGCCUCUGGAUGAUGACAGUGAUUUAGAGUAUGAAUUAGAAGCAUUUCCGGAUGUUAGUAGUGAAGCAUCAAUUGAGGCUGCUGCUUGUGUCAAGGUGCUGAUUGCUUCUGGUUUACCAAGCGACUCUGUCCACCCAAAUAGCACAACAGUUGAGGCUCCCUUAACUAUAAAUAUACCUAAUGUGCAAGCAGUCAGAGCUACAUCAGAAAAUUCACAAUCUGCUGCAUUGAGAGGGAUGAAUAUUACAGUUCCAGUUUCUGUUCAGAAACAGCCUCUGCCUGCAGUAACAUCCACCGAAGGAUUGGAUGCAAAUGGAUCUGCAAGUGGCACUCUACCUGCACGAAGAAAAAGAAAACCAUGGUUAGAAUCAGAGGACAUGGAACUGAUUGCUGCUGUACAGAAAUAUGGUGAGGGAAAUUGGGCAAAUAUCUUACGAAGUGAAUUCAAGUGGGAUAGAACAGCUUCACAGCUAUCUCAGAGGUGGGCCAUCAUUCGUAAGAAGCGACUUGGCAACUGGAAUAUGGGAGGUAACACAAACGGUGUGCAAUUAACUGAGGCACAGAGAGCAGCACGACAUGCAAUGAAUUUAGCCCUUGAUCUGCCAGUUAAGAAUACAUUUGCAAAUAACUCUGGUGAAACUUCGUCUUCCCAACUCCAGUCUCAACGCCCCUUUGCAACGAAAUCAUCUUCAGUGGGACCUUUGGGUUCUACUGUUAACUCUCAAGUAGCUGUGCACAAACCAGUGAAGCUUGAUUUUAGUUCAAAUCCAGUACGAGCUGCUGCUGUUGCUGCUGGGGCCCGUAUUGCUACUCAAUCAGGUGCUGCUUCAUUGCUCAAGGCUGCUCAGGCAAAGAGUACUGUUCAUGUCAUACCUGCAGCUGGUUCUUCAAAAUCAUCCAUGCCUGUUGGUGCAUCCAGCCACUCUGAUGCUCAUCCUAACGUUCACUUCAAUGACCUGGCAGCUGCACCAUUUUCCACCCAUCCAGUUGUCUCAUCCAAUGGGCCACAGCUUGCUUUGGAGAAAGCUUCCUCGCCAACCACUCUUCCUACUCCAAUUUCUGGUGCGACUGUGAACAUGUUAUCUGAACUGGCUGAUGCUGAACUUCAGUCAAAGCAAGAUGCUGAAACUACUGGAGAGAUGAAAAUUUUGUCAGAGGAUGUGACAAAAGAGCAAGUCGAAGAACAAGGAGGCUUGGUCUCUGGAAAUGUUUCAAGUGAGCAAGUUCAAGUAGGAAAAGCAGCCUUGCUAAAACCAGAAGCAGAAUUUAAAACUCAAUUGGAUGUUGUCCAGAGUUCUAAUGCUUCACUGAAAGUGAAAAUGGGCGAAAAGGACAUGAUGGAUGGUGAUAAGAGCACAUGUUUAACGGUUGGAAAAGAUGAAAAUCAAUCUGCAGUUAAGGAGAAUGGUGACAAUCAAAGCACAAGGGUUAAACAAGCGGAUCUGCCAAGCAUGGCAACUGAUGAAUGCAUUGAAAACUUUGAAGCUGUAAGCAAAGCAAAAUGUUGCAAUGUGAUCACAGCGGAAGAAGGUUAGAGAAUCUUUGUAAAGUAGCAGGAAAUUUAUUUCUUUUUUCCUUUUUCAGGCUAAUCUUGAAUUUGCGUUUAAUUAACUUGAGAAAUUAGCUAGUGUACAUUAGUUACAGAAUUUUGUGGAAAGUAAAUGACUAAAUACAUAUUUUUGUUAUGGUGC